ACUGUCCAUUAUUAAAGACAUGGGUUACUAUCACUACGACGGCCGCAACUUUACCAGUUUAGAGGGACUGUUUGAUUACCUGAACAUUACGCCUCCCGCUGAGCCCCAGACGGGUAAUGUGAUGACUGUAAGCGCUUACUCAUUGAUUGUAUUUGUCUCGCUAUUGGGCAAUGUAUUGGUCUGUAAGGUGUCGCUGGAAAAUCCGACCACAACUAACUGUUUGAUUGCAUCGUUGGCCAUAUCGGACCUAUUGGUCACCGUAUUUAAUAUACCGCUAAACGUGGCCCGUCUUCUACUCGAAGAAUGGCCUUUUGGACAGUUUCUAUGUUUUUUCGUGCCGUUCAUACAAGUGAUGGCUGUCUACGUGUCCAGCUUUACAAUGGCCGUCAUAGCCAUUCACCGGUGGUGUAGUGUCACCAGUCGUAUGGCCAUCACGUCGUGCUCGAAACGCCAACUAUGGAUAACAAUUGUGAGCACAUGGACAUUGUCUGCACUGAUGGCCAUACCGUUGUCAAUGUACAAUCAAACGCAACCGGUGUUCACCUAUCGGUGGAUCACCCGAUGCCGAGUAGUGUACCCGCAGACCAGCUACGAUCUACCGUUGCUUUUGACGCUCGAGUGCUUUCUAACACAAUAUCUCAUACCGUUGUCAUUGGCCUGUAUUAUCUACGGCAAAAUAGCAAUGGUAAUAUCACGACAGGGUAAAAUUGCCAAUUUAAGAGGUAGUAUUGAAGCUAAACGUCGACAGCGACACAAAAGACGCCGCAUCCUAAUGCUGGUCCUCGUUGUCGCCAUAUUUGCCAUUUGCUGGCUUCCGUUAAAUAUUUAUCAUUUACUAAUGGACUUGCAUUUGGCACCACAUAAUUACAAGAUAUUCAUAAUGUGCCAUUGGUUUGCUAUGUCAUCCGUUUGCUAUAACCCAUUUAUCUACUGUUGGUUGAAUAAGCCAUUCAGAAAAGGUGCCAAAUUGAUACUGUCGUACCUGAUGUGCCGGUGCCCGCCGCCAGUUACUGACCGAUUGUAUAACAACAAUCAUACCGUAGAGGUUGAUGCCAUUACCAGACAAACACUUGAACUCAAUAUACUUACAGCUAUAACACCGGUCGAUAAUAAUGACAACAAUGACAACAACAAUAUUGUAUCGUUUUAGGACAUCAUUGCUAUUAUGAAGAUAAACU